AUGUGGUACAUGGAGGAUGAUGGAAACAUGGCAAAGAGGAAUGUCGUCAAGGAAUCCAGAAUAAGAUGCACCCCCUAUAUGAUCCGACCCAAGAACAGGACAGUUAUAUGGCAUAAUGAAGACCAUAUCCGUAUUACUGUGUGGAGAGAUAGAAAACAUCCAGAGAGAGAAGUGGAGAAGUGGCAGGAUGAAACCCAGAGGAGCUGGUUCAAGAUCACAGUUCCUUACGGGAGGAAGUAUGAUAAGACAUGGCUACUGGAUUCAAUCCAGGCCCAUUGCAGUGUCCCCUUCACCCCGGUCGAUUUUCACUACGUGAAAAAUCGGGCUCAUUUCUUUGUCGAAGAUGCUAGCACUGCUUCUGCAUUGAAGGAUGUCAACCACAAGAUUUGUAUUGAGGCAAACCGAAGGAUAUCUAUCUUUGUCAAUCCCUCUGCUGUUCCCCACUCUAUGCAGAAUAAGUUUAAUCCAGAACAAAUGGAGCAGCUAAAGCUGACCAUGUGCAAACGAUAUGAUGACUUGCAGCAAGCUCUUGACCUCCAGAGCUUACGCUUUGACCCAGACUUGGUGGGCCAUGAUAUUGACAUGAUACUGAAUCGAAGACACUGCAUGGCUGCCACCCUGAAGAUCAUCGAAGAGGAUUUCCCUGAGCUGUUGUCCUUGAACUUGUGCAGCAACAAACUGUACCAGCUGGAUGGCCUGUCUGACGUUAUACAGAAGGCCCCCAAAGUCAAGAUCCUGAACCUCUCCAAAAAUGAGCUGAAGUCGGUGUGGGAGUUGGAGAAGGUGAAAGGGUUGAAGCUUGAAGAGCUAUGGCUAGAAGGGAACCCAUUGUGCAGCUCCUUUCUGGACAAGUCCACCUACAUAAGCUUCAUCUUCGAAUUGUUCCCCAAGUUAUUACGCCUGGAUGGCCAGGAGUUACCACCACCAGUUAUCGUUGACUCUGAAGCCCCCAAGAUAAUAAAGCCUUGCAAGGAAAGCUAUAAAGGAUCUGAGGCCCUGAAGAGUCUCGUCCUGCAAUUCCUGCAGCAGUAUUACUUGAUCUAUGACUAUGGAAACCGUCAGGGACUCCUCGGUGCAUACCAUGACGAGGCCUGUUUCUCCCUGACCACUCCCUUCAGACCCCAGGACACGGCCCUAAGCAGCUUGAGCGAGUACUUCAAGGUCAGCAGGAAUUUGAAGAAGCUCAAGGACCCUGACCUGCGGGUUCAGCUGCUGAAGCACACAAAACAUGACAUUGUUGACUCCUUCAGUGUGUUGCCCAAAACCCAGCAUGACUUUGGCUCCUUCCUGGUGGAUAUGUGUGUUCAGACGGAAAGGAUGCUCUGCUUUUCUGUCAAUGGGGUGUUCCAGGAAGUGGAAGGAAAGUCUCAGGGAUCUGUUCGUGCCUUCACCCAGAUCUUCGUCACUAUUCCUGGCAGCAGUUCCAGUCUGUGCAUCGUGAAUGAAGAGCUGUUUGUGAGGGACGCCAGCCCCAAAGAAACCCAGGGUGCCUUCUCCAUCCCAAUACCCACACCCUCCUCCAGGUACAUGCUCACCCUCUCCCAGGAGCAGCAGGAAAUGGUGCAGGCUUUCUCCAUCCAGUCUGGGAUGAAACUCGAGUGGUCUCUGAAGUGCCUGCAGGACAACGAAUGGAACUACACCACAGCUGGACAGGUCUUCACCAUGCUCAAGGCUGAGGGCAAGAUUCCAGAGGAAGCCUUCACACAAAGCCCCUAAAUGGAGCCCUUGGAUGUCGUCUUCAUCUUCAUCCACAUCAUCUUCGUUUCUCCUUUCUCCAGCCUGAUGCCUCCCCUGUGACUGGGGUUACAGGUCUGGAUGACCAAGAAGCCAAAGUUAGUUUGU